AUGAAUACUUUUCAAUAUCGCGAUAAUGGUGAUAUUGUAUAUUUUGUCAACGGAGUUGAGAAUGUUUGUCGAGUUGGAACACAAGAGUAUACUGUUGUAAAACAUAUGCUGGUAAGCUUUUCAGCUGAAAAAUUAAAAAAAAAACUAUAUCUUUCAGGACUCUAAUAGGUAUGGUGCACUGCCUCCCCAAAUCUACGUGUGUGUGGAAAAACGAAAAAUGUCUGGCACGCUCUCACAAACACACACUCUCUCGCACACAACUUUUUACUUUUAUUUCGCGAAAACAGUGCAUAUUAGGAGCUGAUUUUUAUGUGUUUUUCAUCAGAACCACAAUAAGUGUUAUACAUAGUUCGAGAGAGAAUUUCUUCGGCUACAAGCACAUAUGAAAUGUUAUAUAUGAAAACGAGGUAAAAAAAUAAAAAUUUCAUGCAAACAUGACAUGGUUUUUUUUUGAAUUGUGUGAAAAACGCAUGUGUUUUUUGAUGACCUGGCUUAUUUUUUGAAUAUCGAAUAUAUGUAUAAUCGAGUCGUAGUUUUGUUCAGAAUCUCAAGGGCUUUCAGAUGAUGUAAAUCAAUAUUUAUGAAAUUGUGAAAUCAUGGAGGAGUAGGGAUUUUUCGUUUGUCAAUUUUUAAAACGAAAUUUUCAUUUUCAUUUGAAAGGAACUCGAAUGAAGUUUACAUACGUUUUGUAGAGAAUUUCUCGGGCUUCAAAUUCAUAUAUAUUUCUAUACACAAAAAUGAAAAUUGAAAGCACCGCUUUCGGUUGAAAACUUGUUGGGUUUGCACCAAACAAACAAAUCGCGUUUAGUAGCGUUGCGAAAAACAGCGGUGAGUUUUCAACCGAAAGCGGUGCUUCAAUUUUCAUUUUUGUGUAUAGAAAAUAUAUAUGAUUUUGAAGCCCGAGAAAUUCUCUACAAAACGUAUGUAAACUUCAUUCGAGUUCCUUUCAAAUGAAAAUGAAAAUUUCGUUUUAAAAAUUGACAAACGAAAAAUCCCUACUCCUCCAUGAUUUCACAAUUUCAUAAAUAUUGAUUUACAUCAUCUGAAAAGCCCUUGAAUUCUGAACAAAACUACGACUCGAUUAUACAUAUAUUCGAUAUUCAAAAAAUAAGCCAGUCAUCAAAAAACACAUGCGUUUUCACACAAUUCAAAAAACCAUGUCAUGUUUGCAUGAAAUUUUAUUUUUUUACCUCGUUUUCAUAUAUAACAUUUCAUAUGUGCUUGUAGCCGAAGAAAUUCUCUCUCGGCUAUGUAUAACACUUAUUGUGGUUCUGAUGAAAAACACAUAAAAAAUCAGCUCGUAAUAUGCACUGUUUUCGCGAAAUAAAAGUAAAAAGUUGUGUGCGAGAGAGUGUGUGUUUGUGAGCGUGUAGACAUUUUCGUUUUCCACACACACGUAAGGUUUGGGAGGCAGUGUGGUGGCUCAAAACGAAAGCAAGAUGAUUCAAUAGAUACAACAGCGAACAAAAAGAAGGAUAAGUUUGUGACAGGUGUAUUGAACAAGCAAAAAAAAAACGUAACAAAAAAAUUACAGCCGAAGAACUUGAAGAAUUAAAAAUAUAUAUGCAAGAAGUUGACUUGGCUAUGGUACGUAAGAAUCCGGGUCGCAUGAAAAUGCCAAAAAUAAAAAUAAAAUUCAAAAAUCUUGCCACCAAAGGUAUCACGCCUAUGGAAACUAUGGGAAAAUGUUUGGAUAUAAUCAUUCGAAAAGGCAUAGCAAUGGCUGAUGGUGAUUUAGAGAAUACAAAAAUUGUAGUAGCGUGAGUUUGAAUAUACAUAAUGUAGUUUCAUUUUUAAUAUUUACAGACUUUCACACCCGGGUUUUCGCGAAAAAACAAUCUGGCUCUGUAAUCGUAGUUAUCAGCUUAUUAAUGGUUUUACUUUGAUGAACAAAAUGGCCGCAGUUAUACAAAGCAACGAAGAAGUAAUGAUGGAUGAACAUUUUGAUUUUGAAUUACAUGUGAUGGAGAGUGAAAACAACAAAGUUGGUGGUUGCCGUUCAAAAUGUACAACAGUGAACAACUCAGUUCGUUUUUAACAUUUACUGUAACUUUUGGUAAUUUGCUAACGAUUUAUUACAAUUCUUAUGUUUUUCUUAUGAUUUUCAGAACUAUUAUAAUGUCUUUUCUGAUAAAGUUUAAAGUUUUAAUGAUUUUUAUUUUUGUCAGACUUAUGUUGAUCAACGAUGUGGUGCAAAAGCCUUUGUUCUCGGUGAAGGAAAGUGUUUGUUGAAAGCUGUUGGUAUAGCAAUGGCUAAUCACUACUAUCAAAUUGGUGGUGAGGAUCACAUUAAGUAUUGGAAUUCGAUUAGGCGCUACGUAUGAAAUUACUUAUAAUUUUAUCUGAUCAACAGAAAAUUUUCAGAAAUCAGUUCAAGAAGAUGCCGCUUUCAUUAUCGAAUCUGCAACAGGGUUAGAGAAAAAAACUGAACAUUCUUUACAAGACUUACGGAAGAUUGCACAUUUUUUCGAUGAUUGGAAUUUUGUAGUCUUCGAGCGACAAUCUUUCAGCAAUACUGCAUCCAAAAUAGAAGAACUCAACCCAGGGAAAACCAAAUAUGUGACAUUGAUCUAUUUCGAUGGUCAUUAUGACUUUGUUAAGAAAUCAAAAGCAAUCAUAAAUGCAAGGUAACGUUUUCAAAAACUUGAACAUAUACUGAUAAUAAAUUACAGUUACUGUAAGCGAUGUGGAUGUUUACACAAUGAUAGGAAACAUUACCGCAAGUGCAAGGCGUUAUGUCGAAGUUGUGGACACAACGCAUGUUUCAACGAACCUGAAACCGAACCAAGAGUGAAAUGUAAAGACUGUCUUAGACUUUUCAAAAAUCGAAAAUGUUUCAAAGACCACAUAAAAAUCAAGAAAACCACAAACAUGUGCAGCAGAUUCAAAUGGUAAGUAACCAUUUAUUACAGUUUCAUGUAUUUUUAUUAAGUUGUCCUGAAUGUAACAAAGUGGUUGAUGUUGUUGAAUCUGUGCGAUAUCCACACAUUUGUGAAAAUUCGAGAUACUGCCGAAAAUGUCGCAACUAUGUUGGCAGAGAACACAAUUGUUGCUACAAUCCACCAUCUGCUAAACAACGCGAAAAUGUUUUGAAGAAACAGAAGACAUUCCUGAAAGUUGUUUAUGAUGUGGAAACAGUUACAGUUGAAGAAAAAGACGGUAAACGAGAAAAAACAUGUGAAUGAACGUUUGUGCUUUCAGGUUUUUUCUCACCACUACCCACACACAUAGUAAAUACAGUUUGUUGGGAAACUUGGUGUCAAGACUGUGUCGAUGACGAGAAAUGUCAAUCAUGUACAGGAAAAGGCUGUAUAAACUAUUAUGAUGUAUCUGGCGAAGAAACAGUUAUUGGAAAAUUCACCAAGAUGUUGUUAUACGACGAGAAGUUUGAUAAAGCAAUUUUGUUAGCACACAAUGGUGGUUGGUAAGUAACAAUAACAAAAAGAUAAAACAACAUUACAGUUUUUUCAGUUAUGAUCACUACUUUGUUCUACAUGAAAUGCUUGUUAAACACGGUAGAUUCCCACAUUUAACGCGCAAAGGAAGAAAAAUAAUUGUUGCAUAUCUUGAUGGAGAAAAGCCGAAAUUUGGAGGAUUACGUAGUAAUCAACUCACAUUCAAAGAUACUCUCAACUUUCUACCAAUGGGGUUGGCUAAAUUACCAAAAGCAUUUGACAUCAAGGAAAUGGUUAAAGGCUUCUAUCCACAUUAUCUCAACACCCCCAAAUUCUAUGGGAAAAUUCUAGAUGAAUUACCACCUUUGAAAUAUUAUAAUACUGAUAGCAUGCAAAAUCCUGAAACGCUCAUACAGUAUCACAAUGAAAAUCGUUCAAAAAAGUUUGACGCCGAUCUAGAACGGUUGAAAUAUUGUCAAUCAGAUGUUCAAAUAACAAUGGCUGCGAUAAAAAAGUUUUCCAAGGUAAGUGUUUUUGUUGUGAUGAUUCAUAGUUUUCUUCAUUCAGAUAUGCAUCGAACAACUUGGUGGUUGGGAUCCUGUGAUUUGUGCAGCCAAAAUACCUAGUUUCGUAAUGCAUUUGAUGAAAUUCGAGAACAUUCGAGUUGGUGAGAUUGGCUAUAUUCCAGAAAACGGAUUUCCACAACGUACACAAUCGAAAAUGGCUAUCAAAUAUCUAUUUUGGUUAUCAAAGGAGCUCAAAAUAAACAUUCAACACUUGAGAAAUGGCGGAGAAAAGAAAAUUGUAAUUGAUGGAAAAAUAUUUUAUGUUGAUGGUUAUGUUGCCGAGACAAAUGAGAUUUAUGAAGUUUAUGGAUGUUGUGUUCAUGGUUGCCCCAAAUGUAACCCAAAAGAUGCUUUCAAUCCAUUAGACAACAUGAAGACCAAUGGUCAAAUUUUGGAAGAUACGUUGGAACGCCAACGAAAACUCGAGAUGGCUGGAUAUCGUGUUAUUGUUGUUUGGGAGCAUGACAUCAAGAAACAUCUAGCAGCAAAUGCUUUAUUGAGAGAGUUUUUUGUUAAGGUAUUUGGUUUAGGUUCACUUUUUCAAAAAUCUAAACCUAAUUAUGUUUACAGUGUCGCCACACAAUUUGUCUUCAACCUCGAGAUGCAAUGUAUGGUGGGCGCACACAACCAUUCCGAUAUAUUUUAAGUGUUAAUCCACACGAAAACAUUCGUUAUCUAGAUUUUUGUUCUUUGUACCCCUUUGUGAAUAUCACACAAGCAUAUCCAAAAGGUCAACCUGACGUUAUCACGAGCAAUUUUGAUUAUGAAUCGUUCAAAUAUCGAGGUACGUUUCAGUUAAUCAAUUUCAUUUUGAAAAACAAAAAUUCAGGACUGAUCUGCUGUGAUGUGAACCCACCCAAAAAUCUUAAAUUACCAAUUCUGCCUUAUCGAUCAGGAGGAAAAUUGUUGUUUCCACUCUGUAGAUCAUGUGCAGAGAGCAUGGAUUGGCGUAGUGAGUGCACUCACAAAACAGUACAAGAAAGAUUUCUAACCGGAACAUGGUACUCGGAAGAGUUAAAGUUGGCAUUGGAGAAUGGCUAUACAAUUCUUCGUUAUCAUGAAGUUUGGCAUUGGGAUGACUCAAAAUGGCAAACUGGUGGAUUUUUUGCAAGAUAUCUGCAACCAUUGCUCAAGAUGAAGCACGAGGCUUCCGGUUGGCCGUUGGGUGUUAAAACUGAAGAACAAAAACGUCAAUAUAUUGAAGAGAUUGAGAGAUCUGACAACGUAUUAUUAGAGUGUGAAAAAAUCAAGAAGAACCCGGCGUUGCGCUCAAUUGCAAAGUUGUUUCUGAAUAGCGCCUGGGGUAACAUUAGCAAAACACGUUUUUGAGAAAAAAACAUUUAAAUUUUUCAGGUAAGUAUUGUGAGAAUCCAGCGCAAGAAGAAACAAAGAUUUUCCACACGUCGGACCAUAUUGCACAAUCAAACUUUGCCAAUCAACCCGAUUUUGAUUUGACUAGUUUGGACGACAUCGGAGAUGACAUCACUAUACUUUCGCGUCUGAAGCAUGUUGAUUUUAUCGAUACCAAAAAUUUUGCUAACGUUGUUUUUGGUAAGUUCUUCAUUACUUUAACUGUUAUACAACACUCUAACAGGUGCAAUCACAACAGCGAUGGGGCGGAUAACGCUUUACAAGGCUAUCAAAAUGGUUGGGUACAACCGAAUUGCUUAUUGUGGUUAGUUUCCAUUGAAUAUUUUUGAGUAAACUGCGACAAAAGAAAAUUUGAAAAUCUUAUAGAUACUGAUUCUUUGGUGUUCAUUGAGAAAGAUGGAGAAAACCUGUGCGGCGACCUGGUUGGAACAGGUCUCGGUAAACUAGAAUCGGAAGUGCCUGAGGGGGUGAAAAUUUCAAAGUUCGUGGCAAUUGCCCCAAAAUGUUAUUGCUACGAGUUAACUGAUAUGAAUGGUGUGCAUGUCAAAUUUGUGAUUAAAGCAAAAGGUGUCACACUCGAUCAAGCGAACUCAAACAUUGUAACAUUUGCCGAGAUGGAACGAAUGGUAAACACCCAUAUAUGUAGGAAUAAACUACAUGCAUCUUACAGGCUCACGAAAUGAUUACCGAACAACAAACGACACCAAUUCAAGCGAAAGUUCGCGGUAUGAAGAAAAAGUUUAUAGUUUCUAUCACAAACUAUGAGACGAUGAAAGUUGUUCAACCAAUUGUUGACAAAAUGAGGUUAUGUGAAGAUGGGAUGACUCUACCUCAUGGUUACACUGAAAAUAAUAUAAUUGAUGAUUAUUUGUUUUAUGAUAAUAAAUAA